AUGAAACUUCAAUUGCUUGGUACAUUUCUUGUUUUAAUCUUGUUACAAUUUCAAGCCGUUAAUACAGACUCAAAUAAAACUGAAGAGGAUUCAUGUGUAAAAAGUGAUGAUGACAAUUCUAACGAUGAAGAUGAUCUGUGGCAUUGCAUUCCGAUUUGUUGCCCCCGGAAAAAUAUGAUGGCCAAUGGCGGAUGUAGUUUUAAGGAGCAUCUCUUCCGGACAAAACUUGAUUUGAACAUAAGACUCGAUGAUAAUUCGACAGAGGCCCUAUAUUUCAACAAUCAAACACUGCUAAUAACAUCGUUCUGGGAUAUCGAUGAAAUGAUGGGCCUGAGAAGAGAUGAGUACACGUUGUACAAGAACGGAACCAUAUACAUUCACUCUGAUCAGAGUAUACAGACCAAAGAAGAAUAUUGCUUUUAUCCGCAUCAGAUUUACUCGGACUUCCCAGAAACCAUAUGGAUUAUAUCACACAAGUUUUCAUCGAUAGAGAGUCCAGGAGCUUUCGAGCUUGCAUCUGGUUCCAUAAUAUGCUAUAUCAUCAUAUUCGGCAUUUAUCUUUUUGUAAAAGAACUACGAAAUGACUUUGGAAAGUGCGUAAUGAGUUGCGUAUUCUGCCUAUUUCUUGACUAUCUAAUCUGGCUUAUGGAUGAACUACGAUUGUUGGAUGACUUUUGCUCACUGACAGGUUAUAUCAUGUUCUUCUUUGAUUUUGCCAAUUCUGUUUGGUUCUCCAUAAUCAGCUAUUGCAUAUGGAAGAAAAUCACAUCUGUCGUUAGCCAAGAAAAUCGCGAUCAGUUCGUCUUUUACAGUACUUUUGCCUACGGGAUAUCUGCUAUACCACUCGGAAUCAUCAUUUCGAUUAAUCAAUUUUGGGAAGAGGAUCUCAGGAAAUGGAACUGGUUGCCCUUAGUUGGUUUUAGUAGAUGCUCGGUGGAUGAUUGUAAGCGGUCUUCCUGGGUUUAUUAUUUUGUGCCCUAUGCGAUCAUGUGUGCCAUUAAUAUAAUUAUGUUCGUUCUGACUAUCAAACACAUUAUGAAAACAAAAAGAAAUCUCCACAAUUUAACAAAACGACCAGAUAGGAACGAGACUUGUGUUACUGUAAAUUUUUUAAAUUUUGAGUUGUACCUAUUGUUUCUGCGGAUUUCCGGUAUUAUGGGCGUAGCUUGGAUACUGAUCAUUUUUUUGUUGAUAGAAGUGAAUUCCACUUUUUGGGACAUUUUCGGUAUAAUAAUCCAACAAAUACAUUAUGGUUUUGGUAUCAUUUUAUUUGUCCUGCUUAUUUUUAAGCGCAGCACCCAUCAACUGCUCAUUGCCAAGUAA